UCUCUAAAUAUAUAGGCAUAGACACAAACCCCUUUUACUAGAAAGAGAGUGUGUGCUCAAAAUCUCUUUAUUAACUAAAGCUCCCUUCUUCAUAACAAGAGGCCUAUACAAAGAGAACCUAGUUUGGGGGGGGGGUGUUGGUUGGGUGUUUUCAAAAAACCAAAGAAUUGUUUUUGAAAAAUAAUGAAUAAUAUGUUGCCUUCUUCAGAGUGUAGUAGUGGUUGUGAGUCUGGAUGGACUCUAUACUUAGAACACUCUUUUCUUUCUUCAAAUCCAUCAAAUAGAAACAAUAAUGAGUUUGUUGAUGGAAAGGGCAUUUACAGCAAAGGAAAGAGAUCACUGAAGAAUGAGGAUGAAGAAGAGGACUUAUCCAUGGUCUCAGAUGCUUCCUCUGGGCCUCAAAAUUUUCAUGAGGAUGAAUAUUAUGGAAAUGGCAGUAAUGGGUGUUUGAAUAAUGCACCAAUUGAUGCCACAUUGCGAAAGAAGAGUGGGAAGAGGAAGAAAAACAGAGAAAAUCCGAGUCGAAAGGUUCAAGAACAUCCUUCUUUCCUUGAUGAUACUGCUAGCUCUACUGUCUUCAACUUCUCCCAGAGAAAUUUCACUCACCAACAACCAAGCUUCAAAGGAGAACAUGUCAUCAUCAGGCUUUUCACAAGAGGGCUCUGCAACCCAUUUUGGGGGGAGAUCUGAAUUCCAUGAGCUUUUCGGUUUCUUCCAGACUUAGCUAUCUGGAAACCAUCUGCAGCAAAACCAAUGGUUUGGUGGCAAGAUGGGAUGAGAUGAAGACCAUUGUAGAACUUGUUUAUGUUAGCCUGAUACAUAUUGUUGGGCCAUUUCCGAACAGUUUAAGCUUUUGGAACAGUCAGUGAUCAUGUAUUAGAGUUUUGGGUUCAAAAGAUCUUAUGUUCAGAUCUUGUCUUCCCUUCUAUCUUUUUGAUUGUGCACCUUGUUCUUUCCGUGAGAGAGGGUUGUCAAAACAGAAGGAAUUCGAUCUCAAAAGGGGUCUUGUUCCUUUUCCAUUUCUUUAUCUUAUAUUAUUGUUACUUUUAUGCAAAUGACUUGAUAUAUUUGGAGAAUUAAUAAGGGAGUUAACGCUGUGUUUGGUUGAGGGAUUUAGGGAGAAAUCUGGAAAGAGAAAGGAAAGAAGUGUGUAAAAUUAGAUGAAAUGUAGGUAUAUUUUAUUCACAUUUCACCUACUAUUUCUAUUUCCUUUUUUAAAUCUCUC